AUGUUGAAUAUAUUUAUUAAAAAACGUUUUUUUCAUCUACGAUGUCUAUCGACAGGUGAAUUAACACGAAAUCUAGCAAUUAAUAAACCAAUUGAAUGGAAUCAUUUAAUAAAAUGGCUGGACGAUGGACAAAAAUAUCCUCUGUGGCGUGAUACACAUAAUACUCAACGUUAUUUUGAACAUCAAAAAUUAAUUUCGAAAGAAUAUAAAUCAAUCAAUGAUUUUAUCCGUAUACAUUAUCUUAAAUGGGAUGUAGAUAUUGAUAGAGCUACUAAAAAAUGUGUUGCUAUUCCAAGUGAAAAUUCAAUUAAAGAACCACUCGUAACACCAAAUGCUUUUCCAUAUUAUCUUGUUGAUGGCAUUCAACAUUGGCUUAUUUGGUGUGAUCCAAUGCCAAAAGAACCAGAGAAAAUUAUUGAACACGUUAUGAAUAGAGAAUUUCAUUCUGAAAAAUUUGAAAGAUUUUUUUUCAUUAAUCCACAACGUUUAAGAUCUAUUUCGGGUGUCUUUCAUGCACAUGUAUUUACAAGAGAAAUAAAAAAAUGA